AGGGUUGAGAAACUGAUUAACCAACAUCAUGAAAAGCAUGUAUAAUCAAUUUCAUAAUAUUUAUGUUCUAAAAAAUAAAAUUAUAGUAACAUAGCCUUUCACAUCAAAUAUAUAUGCAGCAGAAAAUCCUAGAAGAUGUUAAACCUACUUUUGACUUUGUUUAUUUCACAUUAACCGAUGAGACGUGAUUAGGUUAAUUAGCUGCCUUAAUCAAAGAUGGUCCCAUCCAAAUAAUCCUGUCUGCCAUUCCACUAUAGCAGCAAAAACAGCUGGUUCAAAACAUCCAACAAUUUUCAUCAACAUACUCUUUACAUGCAGAUUUCAUCUUUGGGUUCUAAUUUUGUGAAUUUUAAUCUUUCUACUUUUUUAGAUUCAUUCUUUAACUAGCUAGAAUACUGCAAAAAGGGUGUUUAAAGGAAAAGCACUGGACAAAAGAUGACUGAAAAACGAAAAUGGAGGUCCAUGUGAAAAGAAAUUAAAAUAAAAGGUGAAAGAAAAAGGGCCAUUUCUUCCCAUUGUAAUCACAAGCAUGCCAUAGUUAACCAAAAGGAGACUUAAGCAGGUUCUUUGUUUUUAUACCUUCUUAUCUCCUCUGAUCAUCAAAGGCACCAUCUCCCAUUAAUUUCAUUCACAUCAUCUGAAAGGGACAAACAAAGCAAAAGCAACAAUGGAAGAGAUCCUGCAAAUAUUCAAGAAACUCAAGCUUCAAUAUUUGCUCCUUUCCCACAUGCUCCUUUUUACCACCUCCACUGCCCUAAAAACAGCUCCCACACUCCGCUGUGGUAACCUUCAGCUUCAGACACCUUUCUUGGCUCAAAAUUCUACCAACUUCUCCCCAUUAAAUCUCAUGACCAGAUGCAAAUCUCAGAAGCUAUAUUUCAGGACCUCUCUGGGUCUUUUCCCCAUCUCUUCCAUUGAUUACACAAGUAAAACACUAAUAGUGUCUCACACUAGUUGUUCUUCUUCAGAGCAUUUUGUAUCCCCAGCACUCCUUUCAGCUGGUUUCCCUUCUCCUCCUCUGCCCAAUUCACUCCUCCUCUUCAACUGCUCACACAAAACCCACCCCACCGCAGCGUCUUUUAUCCACAACUGCACUCGCUUCCACAUGUGUGGAGAGGCUGCUUCUGAAGUUCAACUGCCCUUUUCAUGUCUAGUUGUUAAAGAUAUUGAAAAGCUUGACCCUGGCUUUCAUCCUAAAGAUUUGAGUUGCUCAGGUUACAGGAGGGUUUAUAGAAGGUCUUUAAGUGAGGAAGACUAUGAAGGAGUUGAUUUGGGGACAAGGAUUUCAUUCGACAUUCCUGACCAUGUACCUGAUAUGUGUAAUGAAUGUAAGAAGCCUAAUGGCAAUUGUGGUGUUGGGUUGAAGUGCAUUUGUCAUGCUAAAGAUUGCAGUAAAAGACAAGGUCCUUUCAGCUGCCACAUCACUCGACACUGGUAUAAGUUUCCUAUUUCCCUUAUUUUCCAUCAUUGUUCAGAUGAAUUUCCGGAUGAUUUGAGCAGUUCCAGAACAUGAAAUGCAGAGAACAGACACGGAUCUUUUUGCUCUCCUUCCUCAUUAUGUUUUAUAUGUAUUCUUAUGUUUCUACAGAACGGGUCUUAUGUUUCUUGUCAUCUCUCAAUGCACAUAUACAUAAAGCUAGUUUGGGCGUCCUUUAUGAAA